UAUCAAAUGCUGAACUUAUACGGCUCGGUUCGUUUAAUGUUCUCUUUUAUUUAGUUAUAGCUAUCAGUUUAUUACGUUGCCGUCUCACACGUCUGUAAGUCUAGUUAUAAUUGAAUGAAAUAAUUAAUCUUUACUAGAAUAUUAAUUGUGACUAAAACGUACCAAUUAACAAAACAAAUCAUGGAAAUCAAAGUUUUUGUCAUAUUUCUUUCGCUGGUAAUAGGUGUUAACUGCAUUCAAAGAAAUGUUCAGUUUGCAAAGGAUAAUGCUGUUUCGGGCUUCAAAUGUUCAGCUACGGAACAAAUUGGUGAUGUAAUUCUGACACUGACCAUUCAAAUGUGCACGAGCGUGUGCGCUGGUACCGAUGGCUGCAAGUCGGUAUUUUACACGCGUUAUGAGUGCGUAAGAUGCCGUUCUCGAUACAGGAAGGCUAGUGAUGCAAGACUACUUCCGAUGGUGGGAAGCGUCAGCUACAAAACCGUUGUGCGGUGUAAUCCGGGAUGGCUGUCGUUCCUGGACUCGUGCUAUCUGAGGAAUUCGUCAACAAAGAUGACAUUUGAUCAAACGAAGGAUUAUUGCUCGAGUCUUGGUGUUAAUGCGCACGUCCUGUAUAUUGAUUCGGACGAGGAAAAAGAUGUCGCUUCAAACGUUCUGCAAGCAAUCGGACAGGUUUGGAUAGGCAUACACUUGAAAGAUGGAAGCUGGAUCUCGUCCAUUGACGACACAUCGGUUGCGUAUUUUAAUUGGGCGUUGGGUGAGCCAAAUAAUGUGGAAAACAAAGAACAUUGCGCUCUCACGGAUGAAAAUGUCCUAUGGCGAUGGAUAGAUUUUCCGUGUACCGAUCCAAACCAUGCCGUCUGUGAAAUAGACAUGUAGUUAAAUUUGUACACAAACUUGUACCUACAGUGCGCGCAACCAUCAUGAAAGCUGAUAAAUGCAUACUUCAUUGAGGACCUCUUCUCUGCCGACUGCGUUUGACAGUUUUUUACUCGAAGCAGGCGUUGUCAUGGAUAACAAAGCGUUAAUAUCAUCGACAACCAAGAAAACUUGAUCGCUGCGUGUUAAUUAUUUCCUUAUGAUUUUACGUAAAUUGGUUAGAUUAAACGCAUGUUUGCUAUUAAUGACCCCUAAAGUAUCAGCCCAUUAUUGAUUAGCUCAUGUUUAAAUCCUGGUCAUGUCUAUUGAUCAUGUCUAUUGGUCAUGUCUAUUGGUCAUGUCUAUUGGUCAUGUCUAUUGGUCAUGUCUAUUGGUCAUAUAUAUUAGUCAUGUCUAUUGGUCAUGUCUGUUGGUCAUGUCUAUUGAUCAUGUCUAUUGGUCAUGUCUAUUGGUCAUGUCUAUUGGUCAUGUCUAUUGGUCAUGUCUAUUAGUCAUAUAUAUUAGUCAAGUAUAUUGGUCAUGGCUAUUGGUCAUGUCUAUUGGUCAUGUCUAUUGGUCAUGUCUAUUGGUCAUGUGUAUUGGUCAUGUCUGUUGGUCAUAUAUAUAUAUUAGUCAAGUAUAUUGGUCAUGGCUAUUGGUCAUGUCUAUUGGUCAUGUCUAUUGGUCAUAUAUAUUAGUCAAGUAUAUUGGUCAUGGCUAUUGGUCAUGUCUAUUGGUCAUGUCUAUUGGUCAUUUAUAUUGGUCAUGUCUAUUGGUCAUGGCUAUUUGGCAUGUCUACUGGUCAUAUAUAUUAGUCAUGUCUAUUGGUCAUGUCUAUUGGUCAUGUCUAUUGAUCAUGUCUAUUGGUCAUGUCUAAUGGUCAUGUCCAUUGGUCAUGUCUAUUGGUCAUGUCUAUUGGGCAUGUCUAUUGAUUAUGUCUAUUGGUCAUGUCUAUUGGUCAUGUCUAUUGGUCAUGUCUAUUGGUCAUAUAUAUUAGUCAUGUCUAUUGGUCAUGUCUAUUGGUCAUGUCUAUUGGUCAUGUCUAUUGGUCAUGUCUAUUAGUCAUAUAUAUUAGUCAAGUAUAUUGGCCAUGGCUAUUGGUCAUGUCUAUUAGUCAUGUCUAUUGGUCAUGUCUAUUGGUCAUAUAUAUUAGUCAAGUAUAUUGGUCAUGGCUAUUGGUCAUGUCUAUUGGUCAUGUCUAUUGGUCAUAUAUAUUAGUCAAGUAUAUUGGUCAUGGCUAUUGGUCAUGUCUAUUGGUCAUGUCUAUUGGUCAUGUCUAUUGGUCAUGUCUAUUGGUCAUGUCUAUUGGUCAUGGCUAUUUGGCAUGUCUACUGGUCAUGUCUUUUGGUCAUGUCUAUUGGUCAUGUCUAUUGGUCAUGUCUAUUGGUCAUGUCUAUCGUUCAUGUCUAUUGGUCAUGUCUAUUGGUCAUGUCUAUUGGUCAUAUAUAUUUGUCAUGUCUAUUGGUCAUGUUUUUUGGUCAUGUCUAUUAGUCAUGUCUUAAUCGUGGUCAUGUAUACUGGUCAUGUCUAUUGAUUAUAUAUUUCGGUCAUGUUUAUUGAUCAUGUCUAUUGGUCAUAUAUAUGAGUCAUGUCUAUUGGUCAUGGCUAUCGGUCAUGUCUAUUGUUUAUGUCUAUUGGUCAUUUCUAUUGGUCAUGUCUAUUGGUCAUGUCUAUUGGUAAUGUCUAUAUGUCAUGUCUAUUGGUCAUGUCUAUUUGUCAUGUCUAUUGGUCAUGUUUAUUGGUCAUGUCUAUUGGUCAUGUCCAUUGGUCAUGUCUAUUGGUGAUAUGUAAAUCCCACUACGAAUUUUUAGACACCAAAUUUCAGCUCAGCCAAUUUUGCAGGAUGAUUUUUUUUUUUAGAAUUUUGAUUUUCUUAAAACAAAUGCUGUAUUCAUAUAAACAUAGAACGAUCACUAUUAUCAAUAGAAGAAUGGUUGAGUUGUUUUUGCUAAGGAAAUUUCUGAAGAGAUGCGUGGCUCUUUUUGGUUUUUACUUUUACUUUUCAAUUUAUGAUGUGAUGUUGUUGUUUGUUAUUUUUUCUUUUAUAUUAUAUAAAUAUAUUGCGUAUAUAGCUUGCAUUUUUAUAUUUAUUCAACUUACUUGGCGAUAACAACAAUAAAAUAACUAUAAUCAAUAACACCUUUACCAAUUUGCACGACCGAACUUAUUUUCGAAAGAUUGAGUUGUUAUCGAAAUAUUAUCGAAAUAAGUUUUCAUUGAUUUCUAUUGGUACACGUUUUACAUCAUGAAGUUUCGUAUUGAUCUAUACCUUGCCAAUGUUUGUUUACACAACUUGUUCAUAGACGUUUAAUGUACUGUGUAUACGCAUAUCUAUGAAAUAAAUACUUAAUAUACCACCAACUUGCAUUAUUUAAUUGUAAUCACCCGUUGAUCAGUUUUCAUUUUUCUUUUACCUUAAACUUCAUACAAGCCGUACACAUUUUUUUGCUGUUGUAUUAUUCUCAUUGAAGUAAAUUGUUUCCUCCGCGAAACUAAAUAUUUUCAUAACAUGAAUGUAUUAACGAUAAGGCUGAACUGUAUUGUUAAAAAAUGAAUUAAGAAAGAUCCAGCGUUAACACAGAGAUUAAUUCCAAAACUGAACUACCAUGUUUGUUUAAUUUUUUUAUGAAAACUUAGAAUAAAAAAGGUCUAAUAAAACAUGCCAGUCAUACGACAUUCCUUUAAAAUCAUUUUUAAUGUAGAGUUUGGUUUAAUGAAAUGAGAGGUACAUCAUUCACUUUAUAUCAUGUACUUAUCUAUAUAAGGGAAAUACGUUUCGUAUUUUGUUUUAUAUUUCUAACUAAUAAACACGUCUUAAAGAAAAUA